AGCCUCCGGAGGGCGCAGUGUCGUCUCUCAUUAGCAGCUGCUGGAUGUUGUUUUGUGCAGUGAGACAAUCCGACUGAAUGGCGGAGAGUCACACUUCAGCAUGGCAGAAAGCGUCGAGAUGCACGAAAACCCUCACGUUUUAGAUUAAAGGUGGGCCGGCAGGAUGGGGGAAGGGCCUGCAGUCAGGGUUUCGGCUGCCAUCACACCCAUGCAGCAGAUGCUGGCAUCUGGCACUGGAGCUGUACUAACAUCCCUUUUUGUCACACCAUUGGAUGUGGUGAAGAUCAGACUUCAAGCCCAGCAAACUCCCCUCUAUCAAGCCCUAGCAGCAGAUUCAAGGCCCUGGACUGGGGUCAUCCGGCCUUCAAAAUGGAAAUGUUUUCUCUAUUGUAACGGCUUGAUGGACCACAUCUAUGUGUGUCAGAAUGUUUCAACCUGUGCCAGCUGGUACAAAACCCCCACCCACUUCAGCGGCACCGUGGAUGCAUUUGUGAAGAUCACGCGUCAUGAGGGGCUCAGGUCUCUGUGGAGCGGACUUCCCCCCACACUGGUGAUGGCAGUACCAGCCACAGUCAUCUACUUCACUUGUUACGACCAAUUGAGAGACUUCCUACGUUAUGGCAUGGGCUAUCAGGGGGACCACAUCCCUCUCAUAGCAGGAGGGCUAGCCAGAUUGGGAGCAGUGUCCGUGAUCAGCCCUCUGGAGUUGGUACGCACAAAGAUGCAGUCCCGCAGGCUCCCCUACAGUGAGCUGAUAGUGUGUAUCCGCUCGGCUGUGGCUCAAGACGGCUGGCUGUCACUCUGGAGAGGUUGGGGUCCCACUGUACUACGGGACGUGCCCUUCUCCGCCCUGUAUUGGUUUAACUAUGAACUUGUGAAGGCACAGCUGUGUGAGAGGUAUAGGGCCCCACAGACCUCUUUCACUAUCAGUUUUACUGCAGGGGCCAUUUCAGGAGCGAUAGCUGCAAUUCUGACCUUGCCGUUCGAUGUGGUGAAAACACGCAGGCAAAUCCAGUUAGGAGAGAUGGAGGCUCUCGGAGCAGGCUCUGUGAAUAAACCAUCCUCCACAUGGAACAUAAUGAGGAAUAUCUGGACUGACAUGGGGUACAGGGGAUUGUUUGCAGGUUUCCUUCCAAGAGUGAUUAAAGUUGCUCCCGCCUGUGCAGUCAUGAUCAGCACUUAUGAGUUUGGGAAAACCUUCUUUCAUGAGCGUAACCUGAACCAGGCACAGUGUGGACUCUGAGGUGGUCAUGAGGACCUACUGUUUGUCAUUUUUUCCCUCCCAUAAGGACCAAGCUCUGACGCUGCACCAACUGAAGCAACGCACUGAAAAACCACAGCUGCGGCAGCCCUGAGAAAAAGAGAGAGACACCUCCUUUUCAGCAUGACUGUUCCACUACAGCAAACACUGAUGACUUUAGCCUAGCAUUGUCCCGAGUCCCUUUUUUACUGAAAGAAACUCUAAUUGUUGGGUGAUAUGCCCACAGACUGGCACCAGGAAUCAAAAGCUUGCAUUGCAUCUGAGACCUAAGCCCUCAGUUGUGAAGCAGUGAUCAAUGCACAAUAUGCCCUAAUACCCUGUGAUGCCUUAAAUGGGAAUUUUACCAAAGCAUGCUGGCAUAAAAAACGACUUCCUCACGAUACCCCACCUAUUGAAAUGGCUGCCGAUUGGACUUGACAUCCAGCUUGCUGUAUCUGCAGUGCAUGACUUUAGACACGUUCAUUAAAGACACUGUGAUGCCCUCUACUGUUUAUGUUUAAGAACCUCACACAGAAUGGAUAAACCUCUCAUUACCAGUUUUUGUUCUCUUUGUUUUCAGUGGGACAAUCCUUUUUUUUUUUUUUUUACCUAAAAGUAACAAGUCUGAAAUCACAAGACUUGUCCUUUGACAUUAAUAAAAACAUCUGUGACACUGUUGGAGGUUUAAUUUAAUUCCUUGAAAAUGGAAUACACCCCCAUUUUUCUUUUUUUGUUUUACUUUUUUUUUUUUUUUAGACCAGUUGAUUUCUAGUGUGGGUUGAUCCCUGGUAUUGUCCUUUGUGUGUGUGAACUAAACCAAUUCAAUGCAUUUAGUUGAAAUAUGAACAAUAAACAAGUAAAAAUACUGCUGAAAUGAUUACACAGUGCUCAAAAUGUACCAAAAAGCUUAUAUUUAAGAAUUGUUUGUGUGCAUCACUUUCCAUACAUGAAUCAUACUACAUAACUGAAUAAGGAGUUACAGAUUGCAUUUCAGAGUGAAUGUGAGAAAAUGUACCUGAAAAAAAGAAGACCUGUGAUAGCAUGUGAAAUAUGAUCGGGAUGUUUUACUCUUAAAAGUAUGUGAGUGCCGUUUAAGCUGUAGUUUUUUAUGAUUACGUUUGUGUGAUAAUUUUCAUUAAUAUAUUCUCUAAUAUUUUGUUAUUGGACACUUCUGUAAAGAAUAAAAAAUUUAAAAAUAA